UUCCUCAUUUUGGUUUUGAUGAGUUGAAGUUUUAUUAGAUUGUCUAGUCCAAAUAUCUCUAGCUCCAUGUCAGAGUCAAAGACCUAAAAGGAUUUCAGUUUCAAUGAAGUGGGUAAAGGGAGGAGGAGUUUCCUCGAAAUCCACAAGCAACAUCAGGAAACCAUUAUGAUAGGUUCAGUGAAAACUACAAACCUGCAGAUGAAAUGGCUAUUAAUGAUAAUGUUUUCAUUCGCAGUCAAUGCUAGAAGUCUAAAGGAAUCAACCCCCCCAAUAAUAGAGUACAAACCUUUUAUUGUUUACUGGAAUGCUCCUACAACACAGUGCAAGAAGCUUUUUGGUGUGGAUCUAAAUCUCCAAGCUUUUGACAUUGUGGCUAACCCUGAGGAGGCAUUAAAUGGGCCCCAUGUUACCAUAUUUUAUGAAAAAAAAUUAGGUGAUUACCCUUACAUUAAUGAAGAUGGAACAAUCAUCAAUGGAGGAAUUCCACAAAAGGAGAACCUUCCUAAGCACCUUGAAAAGAGUAAGGAAGACAUCAAGAAUGCCAUUCGUUCAACAAAAUUCCAUGGGCUUGCUGUUAUUGAUUGGGAAGAAUGGAGACCUCAGUGGGAAAGGAAUUGGGGUUCUAAAAAUGUUUAUAGAAUCCAGGCUUUAAACCAUGUUAAAAAUAGCCACAAAGAUUGGCCAGAAAUCAAAUUACAGGCAAUGGCAAAACAGGAAUAUGAAAGCGCUGCCAAGAAUUUUAUGAAUUCUACUCUUCGGUUGGGGUUAGGAAUCAGACCACAAGGACACUGGGGUUUUUACCUUUAUCCAGAGUGUUACAAUUAUGAUUACAAAAAAAAACCACUCACAUACACUGGAAAAUGUCCAGAAAUUGAAAUUUCCCGCAAUGAUGACCUUCGGUGGCUAUGGCAAGAAAGUACUGCUCUUUAUCCUUCUAUAUAUUUGACAUCGAUGUUGAAGGAUAGUAUAUAUACCCAGAAAUUUGUUCACUAUCGGGUCAAAGAAGCAAUGAGAAUUUCCUAUAUGGCUAGGAAUGACUAUGCUUUGCCUGUUUUUGUUUAUACUGGGCUAUUUUAUACCUAUGGUACUGAACCCUUGACUAAGAAUGAUUUAUUGUACACCAUUGGGGAGAGUGCUGCAAUGGGGGCAGCAGGUAUAGUAAUAUGGGGAGGAUCAGAGUAUUCCAGUUCAAAAGAUAGCUGUUGGACUGUGCAAAUCUUCAUAGAAGAGCAACUUGGCUUUUUGGUUGUAAAUGUCCUGUUAGCUGCCCAGCAUUGCUGUAAAAUUCUGUGUAAUAAUAAAGGUCUGGUGUGUUCAGGGAAUACAUCAACUAUUCUUGUACCCGCAUAUGUCUGUGUUUAGCAUCAAAAGUCUGAUGUCAAAGAAUGGCCUCCAAUUUUUUUUUUAUUUCUGAAAAAAAGAGAUGCUGAAGGCAAGAAAAGAUUGGAGCAAUGGAUUUAUGUGCCACUGUUACUUUGCCUGUGGAAAAGAAUCCUGUGAGAUUUCUUAAUAAGUCCAGCAAUGAAAGAAGAACAAAAUUCUAAGUACUGACUUAAAUCUUUUUUUUAUUCUUAUAUUAAAUUUAUCUGUACUUAGGCGAACCAUUCACCUCUCUUUCACCUGAAAUCUAACUUUCUCUGGAAUAAUGAAGAGAAGCAAGGGAUUUUACCUUCUCUUCAAACCCCUUUCCCAAAGGUUUUGGUUUUAAACAAAGGAAUGCAAAUUAUGAGGAGUUUUAUUUUAAAAAACAUUUUGUCUAUAUUUUUUUUUGCACAACUUUCAUUUCCAAAAGUAUCCCUUGGAUAUCAUUUCUUCUAAUAAAGAAGAAAAAAAGAAGAAAAAAAAAGAAGGAAAAACCUCACCAUUUGGAAGAAUGGAGGCAUCUUUAGUGUGAGAUCACUGGGGAUCAGGUGGAAAUAUAGUACAGAGAUUAAGGAACUGGGAUAAAUUAUA